AUGGCUUCCUCGCAGCCUGAUUUGCCGUCCGAUUCUGAGCCUAAAGCUAUUCCCGAGUCCCCACCGUCGCCGCCAAGCCUCCAAAACACCGCGCCAAGCCUCCAAGACCCGCCGCCAAGCCUCCAUACAUUCCCGCUACCCCCUCUCGAUACGUACUACGACACGCCAGAGCACGGAAUCACCACGAUCAAUGCUUUAGGGCGUCAAUAUGGCUAUGCAGUCUCAAUUCUCCGCUCAAAACGUACUAAGAAAGGGGUCAUGAAGACCGUCCGACUAUGUUGUGACAGAGGUCGUCCGAUAAGAAAGCGACCUGAUAGACCUCCGGAGCGCCAGACUACGACACUUGCCAAUAACUGUCCCUUCAGUAUAGCGCUUCGGCUAAGUCUCGAGACGGGUAGGUGGUCUAUUACGGUGGAGGAUUCGACACAUAACCAUGGUCCGUCACCUCUGUCAACCCACCCAAUUCAGCGAAGCAUUGAGCUUUCUACGGUAUCAGAUAGCGUCAAAAAGCAGCUUGAGCAGGGCCUUCCUACCCGUCAGGUCCUUCAUGGUCUUCGAAAGGACAAUCCAGAGACUUGCCUUAAUGCCCAGGAUAUCUACAACUUCCGGAAGAAGCUUUAUGCUGAAUUCCUUGCCGGCCGUACUCCGCUUCAAGCUCUAUUGAUAGAGCUUCCAAAGGACGGCGAAUGGAUCUUCAAGUAUGAAGUUAACGAUAAGAAUCAUGUUACAGCCCUCUUCUGUAUGCAUAAGACGAGUAUAGCAUUACUUAAGACAAAUUUAUGGGUUAUUUCAAUGGAUUGCACCUACAAAACUAACCGGUACGGCCUUCCAAUGCUCGAUAUCGUCGGCUUCACUGCUACGGGCUUAACCUUUUACGUCGGCUUCGCCUUCAUAAAAGACGAGAAGGAUGAUAGCUACGAAGUCAUUUUAAGCUGUCUUGCAGAGGCUUACGAAGCUCUCGGCCUUCAAGCACCCCAGACCAUCCUUACCGAUAAGGAGCAGGCGCUAAUGAAUGCUGUGAAGGUUGUCUUCCCUUCUACAAAGCAUAUAAUCUGUCUAUGGCAUAUCAACAUGAAUAUCUUAAAGAAAGCGCGUCCGCUACUUGCUAAGCAGCUCGCAAAAGCUCGGAUCCUCUCCAAGUACGCCGGCGAGGACGCCCCUGAGGCGCCAGGAACUUCAUCGGCGGCGGAGCAAGCACCCAAGGAAGCACCCAAGCAAGCACCCAAGACACCUCCACCUAGCGAGACCCCUCCGGCUUCGAGCUCAUGCUAUCUCAGGAAGGCGGACGGGGCCGUGGACGGGGCCGUGGACGCGGCAGAGGACGAAGCUCAACAGGGUUCUCAGGAAGGCGGACGGGGCCGUGGACGGGGCCGUGGACGCGGCAGAGGACGUGGAGGGACACAACAGGCAUCGCAAGAG